CAUAAUGGGUGAAAACAAAAGCAAAAAUAUAAAUUUCUAUAUAUUUUCCUUUUUGUCCUUUAUAACUACUCCUUGCCAGUGAAUUUUAAUAAAUUAUGUCAUGGGUAUUCGCAAGUGCAUUAUAAGUGACUGUCCCAGCAGUUCGGCUCGAAAGGAGGAUCGAGGCGUUACCUAUCAUAAAAUUCCUGCAAAUGAGCAGAACAAGAAAAAAUGGGUCCUUGCCUGCCGGUUACCAGAUAACUACGUAAUUAACAAAGGCUCAAACGUCUGCAGUCGUCAUUUCCGAAAAGCAGAUUUUCAGGAUUUUAAAGGUACCAAAUAUGUGCUCAAGUUUGGUGCUGUCCCAACCAUUUUUUCUUGGAGUAUUGCUUCUGCUCCCAAUAAAAAGAAAAAGGAUGAGUUAGCGGAUUCUGAAAAACCAAAAGAUUUAGUGAAAAAAGAACCACCGGAAAACGAAGAUACAGAAGAGAAACAGGAUGCUCCGGAAGAGAUUCAAAUUAAACCCGAUCCGGAUGGUAAAGAAGAGAACGAGUCAGAAGAUACCAAAAUAAGCGAAAAAGACCAAGUUAAACAUGAGGUAGCAGACGAUGAUGUGGUGUUAAAGGAGGAUUCUAUUGUUACUCCAGUGGUAGGAUCUAAGAGGAAGGCCGCAACAAAGAAGAAAUCCUCGCUGAAAAAAACACCAGCGCGUAGUACAUCCGCUAAGAAAGCACGCAAAAGCGAGCCAACGGCGACUCCUUUAUCAUCGAAAGAAAAGAAAGCAUCGUUAUCGCCUCGGAAAUCAGCUCCUUUUACCACCAGUAGCAGCCAGUCGCCAAUAAAUUUUGUCUCCGGAACUAAGAUAGAAGCGCAAGAUUUUGCCGGAAAAUGGCAUGCUGCCAAAUUGGUCGAAGUGGACACCGAAGAACGUGAAGUGCUUGUUCAAUUUGAAAAGAAUGGUAAAAGUAAAUCAACUCUGAAUGACGAAUGGAUACCAAUGGAUAGUGUCCGCCUUAGGCCACUACAGGCUCCAAAGACGCCAAACGAAAAAAUCAAGUUUGCCAUCGGAGAAAAAUGCUAUGCCCGCUGGAGUGAUUCACGCAAAUUUCGGGCUACAAUUCAAACCAUUCUGGAAAAUGAGAUGUACGAAGUGCUGUUCGACGACGGGUUUAUCAAGGUUUGCAAGGCGAGCCACAUUAGUAAGUUGAAAAAAUCUGAUGGCGUUGAGCAAGAUUUGGAGCCAUUGGCAACGCCAAUCAAACAAGAAAGCGGAUCAACAACUGGCCAAAUGCCUCCUAGUACUGCGGUUACUCCAAUAUCGGCACUUUAUGUUCCACAGGUGGCAAAACUGAGCGAUUUCCCGGAGGUACCCAAAGGCGGUGAAUGGUGCUGCCACUGGAUGAAUGAUUUUCCUGUUGGGGAAGAAGCGACUGCUGAUAUAGCCGGUUUUAAAAUACAUAGCGUUAUUGUGCCAGACUGGCGUCUACCAGAAGGAUGGAUAAAACAUGUUUAUCAACGUAUAACCGCUUACGGCAAAUUAGAUGUAUUGUUGGUCAAUCCAGAGGGUAAAGCAUUCCGCUCCCGCCAAGAGUUAAAGGCAUAUUUUGCAGGACAAGGACAGGAAUAUGAUACUAGCGUGUAUGAUUUUGGGCUGCACAAAAAACGAGCCAAGGAACUUGGUUUUUGUCACUACACUAAAGAAUACAAAGAAUCGCUCAUUCCGCAGCCGAUCAAAACGGAACCGGUUUUGUUGAACACUGAGGUCAACAUCGGCUCAGUAAAGGUUAAGAUUAUCGAUAACUUAUUACAGUGUCCGGAGCUGGAAUGCUUAAAAACUUUCCGCAAAGAAAAUCAUCUUCAGAUUCAUAUUAAGCAUUACCACAAAGAGCUCGCUAAGGGAUUAGGCGAAAUUCCGAACAUGCAGGACUUGGCCGCCCUUAGAACUCCAGUGGAAAUCGUCGAUACUCCCCAAAAAUUAAGCCGACGCAAGUCAGUUUCGGUGUCCUCUUCUAGAAAUCUUCUAAAAGAGGAAACUAAGAAAGAAGAUGUCGUAAUUAAGAAAGAACCCGGGCUGGACGAUACCGAAAAGAGCGACAUGAAACGUGACAGCGCUUUGGAGCUCUCUGCAUCUGACCUGAAAAAAGAAAAACAUGAAUCUGGACUCAAGUCGCAAGACUCCAUCGAAAUGAAUGCCUCUACCACCGAUGGCAAAAGUCCGAAACCAGAAAGUUCAACAACUACGAUUGCCACCGAUGGUGAUUAUCCACAGGAUCUGGAAGAAGCAAUCGAAUCUCAGACGGUUAAAAAACCGCCCGGAAGAAGAGGCAUUACAAAAAUAAAACUUUUCUCGAAGAAGAGAAGUCCAAAGAAAACCAAAACGGGUUACGUUUCCAAAAAAGCGUCCGCACCCGCUGAAGCUGCCACGACCAGGAAGAAAAAACGCCAGUUGAAGCUAUCACUAACUGCGAUGGAUUAUACCGACGCAGACGAGACCCGCCAUUCGUUUGCUGGAGGCAGCGCUGGCGGUGGCUUAAGUGAAAGUUUCUACCGACCAGGGUUUGGAUAUGAGAAGGACACAGAAACAAGUCAAACGACCAACGCUAGCAUUUGUGGCCAGUAUGGUGAUGAUUCAAUUAACGCAGCUAUCAACAGUCCAAAGUUUAUACAAGAGAACGGAGAAAUGAUUAAAAUUGUAUCAAUGAAAAAAGAAGAAAUCAUCAAUUGUGUUUGCAGCUUCAUGGAAGAGGAUGGUUUGAUGGUACAAUGCGAGUUGUGUUUGUGCUGGCAGCAUGGAGCCUGCAAUGGAUUCUAUCGGGACACGCAGGUUCCUGAUAAGUACGUUUGCCCGAUAUGUCGCGAUCCUCUAGGCGGCAGAGAAUCCAGACGAUUUAUUCACGAUCAAGAUUGGUUAUACGAAGGAAAAUUAGCGGUAGCUAAUUAUCACGUACCAAAUCCGAAGCAUUCUACCCGCUUCGACAUACUAAAGCAAAGUCACACUUUAGCCGGUAACUUACUGGAGCUAAAAAGAUUUAUGCAUAGUUUAAAGGUUAAGAUCAACAUCGCUGACAAAAAAGAUCACCCAAAGCUCUAUCUGUGGUCAAAGAAAUGGGAAAAGAGUCCACCUCGAGGUGGUAAUGGCGAUUUGUCAGGAAUCGUACCGCUCAACUCAUCUGUCGUACCGACAGCGGCUGCCCAAGGAUUAGGCAAUCGAAACGAUUCUUCUGUACCAAAAACAACGCCCGUUCCACAAAUCCCUGUACCGGAGGCCCCAAUUGAUCCGGCUGAGUGCCAAGCCAUACUUCUGGAGCACAUCCAGAAACAGCAAAAUGCUGCAAUGGCUCGACUGCAAGCUAUCGAAGCUCAAAUCAUCGCACUUGAAGCCUACGAUGAUAAACCGGAACUGCUUGAAUCUCCGACCGCUAAAAAUUACCCCAAGACAAAGCAGGCCAUUCACAUGAUAUUGAAUGAUUUGGUAAAGAUGAAGAAAAUCGCAGAAAUUCAUAAAAGCUUACAGCAACCGCCAGCUUAAUACGAAGCAUGUAUUUUCGGAAAAGAUUAACACGAAACGUGGAAUUUCUGGCGUCUCUUAGAUUUUAAAAAUAUACUUACUAUGCUGCAAACCGUAGAUUGUACAAGAAUAACAUUUUUUUUUUUGAAUAAAUGAUAAUAAUCAACUAUAAUAAUAGUCGA